UGAAUAAUCUUUUCCACGAUUGUAGCGAGGCUUUAGUGAAAAUCAAACAGGCAUUUCAUACGGGAGCGGUUGAUCUUCCACCUGAGGCUGCAACAUCACCUUUUCACUCAAUCACUCCCCCAGAAACAUUUGACUUGGAUGAGUUCGAACCUCUCCCGGACAGAGAGAUGCACUUGCUUCACUCUAAUGGAGCGGUUGAUCAUCACGUGACCACCCGUGAACAGAUUAUUUUGCAAGAUCCAUUGGAGGAUAGAAGCUACUUGGAAUCGCAGUUCGGUGUGGAUGAAAGGUUUCCAGAAGGUGAUGUUCCACGAAUGGGCAUAGAUUUUGACGAGGACUUACUGGACAAACCCUCUAGGGAGGCAAGUCCAGAUGCUGUGACUUUACAAGAUGAGGUUUUACGGGUAAAUAUGGGGGACGGCAUGAACUAUGACGAAAUGGAUAGGAUGGAGCCCAUGGAUGUGGACGAUGAUCAUCAUGAAACUGGUACACAUGCGCUCGGUAUGGACAUGGAUUUGGAUUAUCAACCGGAGGCAGAAGGUAUUGAGAACGGUGAUAUGAACAGAAGUAUUGGUAUGAUUGAGGAUUUGGAGCGUGAUCGCCAUUCUGAAGAGAUCGAGCAGGACAAUUUUGACCUUCAGUUGAACAAACCAGAUGAGUUAGAACGUGCUAUGCCUGGAACACUUGAAACUGAAGAAUACGAAGGGAAGGGAGUGUUUGUCGAGGAGGCAGAUAAAGAAGAGACUGUGGAGAAGCCAGGAAUUGAUGACCAUGUUCAGGAGGUGGUCGAGGACGAGAGGGCUGGUUUAGAAGGUGAGGGGGAGACUUCUCUGGAGAGAGUUUGGAGAGGCAAGCGAAAGGAAAGAAAUAACGACAAAUCACUAGUUUCUGACUUUACAAUUGAGAUUGAUUCAAGGCUGCUGUCUGCCCUUCUAACUGGUGUCAAUCGAGCAUUUCCAUAUAUUUCUGUAGAAGAUCUGGAUAUAGUCACACAAGAGAUUCUGUUCUUUUCAGAUUGGUAAAUUCGACCAAUUUCAAUGUAGCACUGCAGGCAUUGAUGCUGCUCCAUCCGCUGAUGGUCAAGAAACAGGCCGUCAAUGACCGUUUCUAUCGAGCUUUGUAUUCCGUCCUUCUGGUUGAAAGCGUUGCGAAGAAGUGUUGCGA